AUGUCAAAAAAGAGAUUAGAAGAUGAAGAUUAUGUACCAUCUGAUGAUGAAUCCGAGGGUGAAGAAGAAAUUGACGCACAACCUAAAACUAAAGGUCGUCGACCAAAGAAGAAAGAUGCAGACAAUAAUGACGAUUCUAUUGCUGUAACUAAAAAACAAGAUUCGAAUGAUAAAGAAAACAAAAAACCUAAAAAGCAUCAAGAGCCGACAGGCAACGAAGAUAAAAAAAAUAAAAAGAAAGAACCUCUUACCGAUGCCGAAAAAGAGGAUAUCAUCAAAGCUGAAAAUGAGAUCUUAAAAAAAGUACCACUACCAUCUUCCUUAAAUAAAAUUGUGGGUAAUAAGAAAAAUGCAAUAAUUGGAUCGAUGAAUAUCCAAGCGUUUGGUGCCAAAAAAACUGCCAAUGAAGCUGUAAUGAGAAUUGUUGUUGAUAUUCUUAAACAUUAUGAUAUUAUCCUUUGUCAAGAGGUUCACGUGCCAGAAGGAAAAGAAGAAAUGAUUAAAAAUCUUAUUAAAUCAAUAUCGACAUCAUCCACACCUUAUGAUUAUGUUAUGUCUAAACCCAUAGGUAGAAAUUCUUAUCAAGAAAGAUAUCUUUAUUUAUAUAAAAAAAAUGAUUGGGAAGUGAUUGAUAACUAUGUAAUUGAUGAUGAUACAAAAUUGGGUGAUAAAUUUAUUCGAGAUCCUUUUGUCGCUCGAUUUCAACAUCGGAAACAUUCUGAUGUGAAGAUUAAUCUUGUUGGCUGCCAUACUCAACCAGAAAAAGCGUACGAUGAAAUCAAAGCAUUAAUUACUGAUGUAUAUCCUAUGGUAAAGAAAAAGUUAGGACAAACAAAAACUAGGGGUAUUCCUCAACAAUCUAGGCUAAAAAGAAAAGAGAAACUAGACAAAGGCGUAUGUUCUAAUUUAUUUAGUUUCUUUAGAUCCUUAUUUAGAUGUUAUAGACCUGAUGUUGAAAAGGAGGACAAAACACAUGAAAAAACAAGAGAUGUUGAUACUGAAAGUAGUGAGCCUAUAGUUUUAAUGGGUGAUUUCAAUGCAUCGGGCUCUUAUCUCAAUAAAACAGAACGUAAUGAACUCGAUGAACUAUUAGAGAAAGGUGGACUGACUUGGGGGAUUGGUCAUAAAACUGAUACUACCGUUGCAGACACUGAUGCUGCCUAUGACCGAUUUGUAUUUGAAUUGGAUAACAAGGAUGAAUGGAUUGGAGAUACCCGCGUAUGGAGAUUCGAUGAUGGUUGGGCAAAUAAAGUCAAGAAGGAUCCAGAUUUGGUCAAAAAAGCUGCAAAACGUGUCUCGGAUCAUUAUCCCAUUGAAUUUGAUUUUAGAUUGGCAAACAAGUGUACGCCAAAUCGGGUGGGGCACAUAGAUAUACCCCCGGAUGCCGUACCAGAUAAAAAUACUGACGAAAGAUCAAAAAAAUAUUCAAAAUCAUUUGAAUCCAACCAAAAAUUAGACAAAAUCAUAUAA